UUUCAUGCUGCCACAAUGGGACAUAAAGUGGUGGUGUUUGACAUUUCUGUUGUCAGAGCCUUGUGGGAAACUCGUGUCAAGAAGCACAAAGCUUGGCAGAAGAAGGAGGCGGAAAGGCUCGAGAAAAGCGCCUUGGAAAAGAUAAAGGAGGAGUGGAACUUCGUUGCCGAGUGCAGGAGGAAGGGCAUCCCCCAGGCUCAGUACUGUAAGAAUGGCUUCAUAGACACCAGCGUGAGGCUUCUGGAGAAGAUCGAGAGGAACUCGCUCUCCAGGCCGAGCUUACUUGCCAAGGACAAAGGCAAGCAGAGCAACCCAUUUGUGUUUGAACUUUCGGGGGAGCACUGGAAGGAGCUGCCUGACUCGUUGAAGGAGCAGACACACCUGAAAGAAUGGCACAUUUGCAAUACCCUGAUUCAAAUCAUUCCUACAUACAUUGAGCUGUUUCAAGCAAUGAGAAUUCUGGAUCUGCCAAAAAACCAAAUCUCAUGUCUUCCAGCUGAAAUUGGUCGUUUGAAGAACCUGAAAGAACUCAAUGUGAGUUUCAACCAUCUGAAGAGCAUUCCUCCAGAACUAGGGGACUGUGAAAAUCUAGAAAGACUGGACUGUUCUGGAAAUCUGGAAUUAAUGGAGCUCCCAUUUGAACUAAGUAAUUUGAAGCAAGUUACAUUCGUAGAUAUCUCAGCAAACAAGUUUUCCAGUGUCCCGAUCUGUGUCCUGAGGAUGUCUAAUUUGCAGUGGCUGGAUAUCAGCAACAAUAACCUGAAUGACCUGCCACAAGAUAUAGACAGGCUGGAAGAACUGCAGAGCUUUCUCUUGUAUAAGAACAAGUUGACCUACCUCCCAUACUGCAUGCUGAACCUCAAGAAGCUCACCUUGCUGGUCGUCAGUGGGGACCAUUUGGUGGAGCUCCCAACUGCCCUUUGUGACUCUUCCACGCCAUUGAAAUUCAUAAGUCUGAUGGAUAAUCCUAUUGAUAAGGCCCAGGGUCAAGAUGGUGAUGAGAUAAUGGAAAGUGAACAGGAACGGCAACAUUUUGAUAAAGAAUUUAUGAAAGCCUAUAUUGAGGAUCUUAAAGAAAGAGAAUCUGUGCCCAGCUAUACCACCAAGGUAUCUUUUAGCCUUCAACUUUAA